UACACGGCCACGCAUGCUCUCUUACAACACUGAAGUUUCGUGUUGUAUUGGGCGAGGAAAAAACAUCUUGUGGGACCAAAAACCCCUUAGUUUCCAACCAGAGUAAAACCUCGAUGUUGUUCCAGUACGAGUUAAGGGCGGGUAAGCUAAACGAAACAAAAUAAUCACAUCGACAAGAUUGCACCAUACGUCCUGCCUAAAAGCUUAAAAACGAUCUGGCGUAUGAAUAAAAGACAAAUGUGUGAAAUAGGUCAAAAUGUUCCGUAAAAGCGCAUUGGAACUUUCUUGCUACAUCGAAAACGAUGUACUGUCAAAAUGUUUUGAGGAGCAAUAAGUCGCGAGGUCAAAUCUCGUAAUAUGUUGCUUUCAACAAAAAUUCUUUUUCUGCUAAAUACACUUAACCUUGAAUCAGCAGUCGUUGUUGGGAAGAGAAGUAAAACGACAUAGCGCAGCGACUGCUUGGAGUCAACAGAAUCGACCUUAAACUGUUUUGACAGCCGAUCUUGCGGUAACAUUGUUUUGAUUAUCUAUUUUUGUUUAUAACAAAAAAAAUAUAUUUUCAGCGGGUUUCGCUUAGCCUUAUUUGCAGGUUUUGUUCGAAGGCGCAUAAAUAUUUAAACUGUAAGCCGGUGUUCCAACUAUUGGAAACAAAAAAUUUAAAAAACUUCCCUCGCCUAUAUUUUGCUAUGAUUAUGAUCUGAGAGCUCUGAUGUUGACCAACAAAGAAGCGAGUAUUUAUACAUAACUAUGUCCUCGUCUCGAAGGUUAUUCAAGUAUCUGCUUGUGUUUGUUCUCGUACUUUCUGUCAAUUCAGACAUCAAUGAACAGGUAAAAAAGAAGGGGUACUUGACUGUUCAAAACACGACCGCGGAUGGUCGUAGAAAAGCCGAUUUCGUAGCCACAAUAGAUUUAAACGGGACGACGGAAAUUCAAGAGACUUUUGAAGAUGAUAAAAGCAAGAAUAAGAAUUUUGGUGGCCCGGAUGUUGGUAUUUACACUGGCUAUGACGACUUGAAUAAGAUUAAACCAAUAAUGGAUGGAAGUAUGGUGAAUGAACCACAAAAUGAACCGGUGGCAAAUGGAAGUAUGGUGAAUGAACCACAAAAUGAACCGGUGGCAAAUGGAAGCAUGGUGAAUGAACCAUUAACCGAGCCGGAGAGAGCAGCAGGAAACAAGCAAGCAUUUGAUGAAUAUACAAACAGCACGGCUAACCUUGCCAGGGAAAACUACCAGAAUAACAGCGGUAGGUUUUAUGAGAAUAAUAGCAGUUCUAUUGAUUAUAACGUAUAUGGCGAGACAAUCAACGAUGCGUCAAUUGGUGCAGAGAUGGCGAAACAAUCAGACGGGUCAGCGGAUAAACAUAGCAAAAACGCAACUACUGAUAGUCACGUGGCUAUUGAAAGUGAAAGCCCGGAUGUAACUGAGAACAAGAAUGUGAUCGAUAGCUUGAGAGGAGUGAAGGUUGAGCCUCAAAAUGUGAAGACUCCCGCUGGCGAGUUCACGAUAAUAGAUGAGCACGACUAUUUAACACAACAAGAACUCGCAGAAGAGCAGGACGAGGACACGUCCAAUGUCUCGGUGGAGGCAUCCUGGCAUCACCCCCAGGCUCCAUUAGCUAGUUUCCAGGGCUACAAUGACGGCUACAACUACGCCCAGCCUCUCUCGGAUGGAGAACGCGCCAAACUUGAGGUUAAAUUCCCGCGGUUUUAUCGCGUCCAAGGAACACUGAGUCUCCCGUAUGAUGAGAUCGUGGAACCGUUCGAGGCUUGGUACGCGGGGGACUACAACAUGAGCCGCAUUGACUAUUAUUACGGAAUGGACAAGACGUUUCAGCGCGGAGACCUGAUGGAUUACGGUGUCCUGGUGAAGGUGGUCCCUGCGCACUGGGGGAGAGAUGAAGAUCUGGACAAAAACACCAUCAGCUGCUGGUACCGUCCAGGGUUCAGAUGGUCACAGCAGCGUGGACAAUCAGUUCUCCCUGCUCAUCUUGAACAUUUCAAGUUUAUCGGCGAGGAGAUUCGUAGCGGCAUGCCUACUUUCAAGUAUCAGCGAAACACUACGAUCUUCCAUAAGAAAAACUCUUACACUUUCUGGAUGACGAAGGCUAAGCCCCAUCGUCCCUUGCGCUACGUGAUGCACGGCUAUGACACUCUUCUGAACUCCUUCUACGACCACUAUGUCAUGGACUAUCUCUCCUUUCAGCCCUGGAAGUUUGACUUUGAAGUCAUGAAGAUUCCUAAAGGUACGAAUUGUGAACAAACGCUGAACAAACUCAAAUCAAAAUUUCACUUCAACCCAAUGUCCGAGUUUAUGCAUGAGAACUUUGACGACGCGGAGGUGAUAGGAGCCUACGAGCAUUUUAAACAGCGGCAUAACAAAAGUUACCCGGAUGUUUAUGAGCACCAGAAGCGAGUCCAUAUCUUCAGACAUAAUAUGAGGUAUAUUCGUUCCCAUAACCGCGCCCGUCUGAACUUCACGCUCGCCCCCAACGAGUUUGCGGAUAUGACAGAUGAGGAAUUCGAAUCGUACAAGGGACUCUUGAUCGAUCCAAGCGGAAGCGACGACGCUCUUAAACGCCAAGAGAUCCCAGAGAUAAGGUUUAACGAUAAGAUCGAAGUUCCUCUACCGGACAAUUUGGACUGGAGGGACUACGGUGCUGUGACUCCCGCAAAGGCACAGGGACGGUGUGGCUCGUGCUGGACGUUCUCCGCGAUGGGACCAAUAGAAGGCGCAUAUGCACUGAAGACGGGAAAGCUGAAAGAUUUCUCAGAGCAACAGUUACUGGACUGUUCCUGGGGUUUUGGAAACAAUGGCUGUCGCGGCGGAUUCUCAUGGCGUGGUUUGGUCUGGGCCAGGAAAUUUGGUGUUACGAGCAGUAGGACAUAUGGGCGCUAUCUAGCACAGGAGGGAUACUGUCACUGCGCCAAGACGGAUAAGUGCGACACUGUUCAUUUUGAGCGCGUCAUGACAGUGCCCAAGUACAACCAGACCGCACUGCGCCGCGGUCUAGCGCUGUACGGGCCAGCGUCUAUCGCCAUUAACGUAAAUCGGAAAUCGCUAAAGUUUUACAGUGGCGGCGUAUAUGAUGACCCACAAUGCCCGCCGAACACGAAUCACGGUGUAGUUGUAGUUGGCUAUGGCGUCGAGGAAGGACAGCCGUACUGGAUUGUCAAAAACUCUUGGGGAAAAUUCUGGGGCGAACAAGGAUUCAUUCGCAUCUCUCGCAAAAAAAACCAAUGCGGUGUUGUUUCAAACGAACCAAUAUUUGUGGUAUUUGACGCAAAAGAAGAUAUGACAAACGAUAACAGUGUGGAUUUUCCUUUCCAAAGAAUGGAUAAAGUCAAGUUUGUGGACGAUGAAAGAUUUUUAAAUGUCUCGGCACUUAAGUUGUCGCCGUUUGAUUACAAGCGAUCUCACAUUGACUUAUGGACUCCGCCAGUGUUCAUAAGCGGGAAGAAAAGGAAAGAAAAUCUAGGAUAAUAGCACAAAUUUCUAAUUUCUCAUAAUUUAUCAUUAAAGUAUGUUUUAUUA